AUGGCUGUCGUCUUGGAAACCAAUUUUGUGCGUUUGUUAAACUGCACAGAGGAUUUGGCGGAAGCAAAUGAAACCAAAGCCUGGCGAUACUCCAUUUACAUCAGCAAACUCGAGGAAAUGUUAAAUGGACUCUCUUCCGUCUCUCCGCGCCCGACCGCAGAAUUUUUACAUAUCUACAAGGCCCGUGUAAGCCGCUUACUAAGCAUAUCUUUAACUUUGCACUCCUCAUAUUGCGUGCAACAGUUAGCUAGCUUGGCGGAAAAGUCAGCCGGACAUUCUCCCUUGACCACAUGGGUGCCAAGUAUCCCAGCUUCAUUUGAUCGAAAGCAACCACAACCAUGCAUCCAUAUGAUGCAGUUUUCUUACCCCUCCUCCCGAAUAGAGGUAUCUGCCUUAUCGUCGGACCCACAUUCCACCUCGCCCGAUACUCUACCAUCCUCUGUGAGCGUAGCCAAACCACGAACGGCAAUGCGUCGCUACUUCACUGAUGCACCUGAUCUGCUACAGCGUGAACAAGCCAAACUGGACCAGCAACUACGGCGGAGGCUACUUGGUACUGGCACGCCUGGUGAUACCUCUUCGGCAAAGGACAGUGCUGAAGAUGAUGAGGACAAGAAGCCUGCAUACGCUGGCGUGCUCGAUGAACAAAUGUCGAAGCGCGAGCAUUUAGCCAAUGAGAUGCUCGGUCUGACAAAGGAACUUCGGCUGACUUCCCUGGCCAUCGGUGAGAAGAUUCGUGCCGAUAUUGGAGUGUUGGAACAGAGCAACGAACUGGCCCAGCACAAUGCGGCGUCUCUUGUUGACGUAUCACGUUGCCUAAAGGAGGAAUUAGGCCAAAAAUUUGGUCUCAUUGUCUGGAUUCUCUUCCUCGUCUCGAUUGCCGUAUUUUUGUGGAUGGUACUGUUUAUGAAAUUCACAAACAGAAUUUCUCCCUGA